UGGGAAGCUUAACAUCUCACCUCAAUGUUUAUCAGAUGGCAAGGGUUCUCAGGCGUUGUGCGAACCAAAGAACAAAAAAGUGUUGGACAAACAAGAACUCUUUUUUGAUAUUGGCAGCACUGAAGAGCUUCGAUGCUCAAUACAUAAUGAAACCAGUUAUGGAAGAUGGACGAUCAAUGGUCAAAGUGCAAACUCUACUUCUCAAAGAAUCAGGACCAAAGAAACUGGUGAACUGUUUAUUUACAAAGUGCAGUUGUCUGAUGCAGGAUUGUACGAGUGCUACAGAUUGGAAUAUGUUAAAUUUUACAUUGUCUACGUCAAUGCGAAAUUUACUGACAACACGCUAGACCAACAAAUCUUGACUGCGGACACAUCUGGAAUUAUAAGCUGCAGUGCACAGGGAAAACCAAGCCCACAGAUAUAUUGGAGUAAAAAAGGAGGAAACUCUUUCGACCACAGACGAUUCACUCAAGUAUCCAACGGCAGCCUACAUAUUAGCCCUGUAAAGCCUGAAGACAAUGGGACAUUCAUUUGUACAAUGAAACAAACUAAAGGAGCAAAGAGGGUCACAAGCAAUGAUAGAAACAUACUUGUGACAA